UCAUGCUGAUUGUAAUCACGGGAUUACUUACAGAGUGCGUAUGUAUAUUUGACCAGCGAUGUAAAUGUUAUAAUUCGGAUACUGAAGUUUAUUGUGCUUAUAAAAAUAUUACCGACAGUGACAUCCCUCAUUUUCCAAAAGAAGUACAUAAACUUUUUCUGAAUUCUAAUCAAAUGAGAAUAAUUCCGCCUACAACAUUCAAUCAUUUAGAAAAUCUUACCGAGUUGGAUUUAUCUUGGAAUCGGCUUUCAUACAUAAAAGAAGGAACAUUUAAUGGUCUAUCCAGCCUAACAACAUUAUCUAUGAAAGGAAAUUCUUUGAACUACAGUUUAAAAAUACCACACAAUAUUUUUAAACCUUUAGUGUCGUUAACACACUUGAAUGUAGCGCGCAAUUUGUUGUUCAAUACAGAUAGAAUAUUCCACAAUUUCCCAAGCGUUUUAAUUACACCUCUACAUAAAUUACAGAGUAUUGAAGUAGAUGCAGGACACCUCUUAUUAUCAUUUAGAUUUUCAAGUAAUUAUAGAUCAUUAAGGCGUCUUACAAGGUUGAAAAUAGAUUUUUGUUUGUUGCCUUCUGUGAAUAACGAAACAUUUCGUUAUCUUCCCCAUCUUGACUAUAUUGAACUGACAUACUGUGAGAUACAAAGCUAUGACCGUGGGACAUUGCCAAAUCGUAAAACAUUUAGGUAUUUAGAUAUUUCUCAUAAUCGGCUUGAUGAUGAAAGCCUAGCACAAGUAAUGGGAGAUCUGGAUUUACAUGCAAAUUUAAAAGUAGUGAAAAUGACAAACUCCUGUUUAUGUGUAGAUAGGUUUUCAUCAUCAUAUUUUGCUUCUGUCUUGUAUGUAACGAAAAUUGAGGUAUUUUAUGCAAAUAAUAAUAGUUUUGUGUACGCUUUUGGAGACGAAAAGAGUUUCAAGCUACCUAUAACAUUGAAAAUGUGCGAUUUUUCAAAUAAUAAUCUUUUGAAGUUUUAUUUCGGAAUGCCUUUCUUGUGGAUAUUAAACUUACGAAAUAACUCGCUAGGUACAUACCUUUCAUCGGAAAGAUAUACCCAUUCUAGUAAAACUGAACUCAGAGAAGUUGAUUUAUCUCACAAUGUUAUUUAUGAUUUAUCUUAUUCCAUUUUUCACGGACACGAAAAAACAGUGAAGAUUAAUCUUAGCCACAACAAAUUAACGGAUGUUACUUUUAAUCUCUCCGAUCUAGUAAGUUUAAAGGAACUUGAUUUAUCUCGUAACAACAUCGGUGGAAUAUCUUCACAAGCUUCUAUGGAUACAUUACACAAAUUAUCUAAACAGUUGAAAAUCGACUUGUCGAACAAUUUGUUAAACUGUAGCUGUAAAAAUCUGUAUUUCCUACAAUGGAUGAACGCGAAUGUGGAUAUGUUCAUAUUCAAGCAUAAAUAUACCUGCCGGUUUGAUAACAAUGACGUAGUUUAUCUGACAAAUGUUAAUGAUAUUGUUAAACAACUUGAAAAGGAGUGCAGUUCAUAUACAACUUUAAUCAUUUGUGUGACAAUAGGGAUCAUUACAGCUUUAAUAAUUCUUUUUGCCGGGUUAAUGUUCAGAUUUCGAUGGAAGCUACGUUAUCUGUAUUAUAUGACUAGACAUAAAUAUAAUGUUUUCAAAAGUAUUCAAUCUAGCGAUACUUACAAAUACGAUGCCUUUAUCUCGUAUGCAAAUGAAGAAACCGAUUUCGUUGUGAAAGAAAUUUUACCAAAUUUGGAAUGCAAUGACAACAUGAAACUCUGUGUUCAUCAGCGGGACUUCCUUCCAGGACAAAUAAUUACACAAAACAUUACAAAUGGAAUUCAUCGAAGUAGGAGAACAAUAUGCAUAGUAACCCAGUCGUUUCUAGAUUCUUACUAUUGCAUGUUUGAACUUAACAUGGCAAGAAUGGAGAGUAUAUAUUCGAGAGAUGGACAAAAUAUUCUCUUUCUGGUCUUCUAUGAACAACUUCGCCCACAAGAUCUACCGUUAAUCAUUCUGGAGUUAGUUCAGAAGCAAUCGUACAUUGAGUACCCAAAUGAAGAACAAGGGAAUGUUGUCUUUUGGGAGAAAAUAAAGGAAUCUUUAGUUUAAUCUAGAUAAUAGCAACAGAAUAUUCUAGCUUGACAAAGUGUUUUCCAACAGUAAACUGCAUUUUAAAAUGUGCAUUUUAUC